CCGCCGCCAAAACAUUCUCCUCCGUACGGUCGACUCCUAGUCUCCUCCGCCUCCGACAAAACUCUCUGUACCUACUCCCUCUCCCCGUCCAACCUUCCUUCCUCUCCACUCACCCACAUCCACGACUUCCACGGCCACUAGCAUGGCGUAUCCGAUGUCGCCUUCUCCUCCGACUCCCGCUUCCUCGUCUCCGACUCCGAAAACAAAACCCUCCGCCUCUAGGACGUCACCACGAGAUACUCCAUCACCUGACCUCCCUCAUCGGCCACACAAAUUGCGUCCUCUGUGCCAAUUUCAACCCUGGGAGCAGCAUGAUCGUCUCUGGCUCUUUCGACGAGACUGUCAGGAUUUGGGACUUCACGAGCCGCAAGUGCUUGAAGUUCAGCUAUGGAUGGCAUAUUUCGAAUGGCAAGCAAGCUGUGGAUAUGAGGGGUUCCAGCAACCUUGGGGAUUGAUUGGACCUUAGCGAGAUCGAGUGAUGGAUUUUGGCAGAUUCAGAGUUGAGAGGUUCCGACCAUGUCUCUUCGCCGCCUCAAACUAAACCUCUAGGUAUCCCACCACCGCCUUCACUCAUCACCGUUCUCGAUGCCCUCUCUCCUAUUGUUGAUGUGCCUCUAACCCUUAACUGGCUUUGAGAGGGUCCAAAUUUAUUACUUUAUGGGUUCUGCCUAAUAGAUCUAUGAUCUAACUCAGUUAGUUACCCUUAACUGGAUUUGAGACAAAGAGCUUACUGGUUGUGUCGCUCUUUGAAGCUCAACUUUGUUCUCACGUAGCUUAUAUUGAUUGAUGUACCAGUUUAGAUAUGUGCUUUCCUGACUAAUUACAAGGUUCUUUUCCUAGCUAAUAAUUUCGUUUGAUAUAAAGGAAUCAGAGAAAGCUUGAAGCCAACUAGAGAUGAAGAUUACAAAGCAGAGAUUGUGGUACUGGUUGCUGCGAGAAUAGCUGGAGAGAUGAGGUUACUUUCCAGUUUCCUUAAUUGGUUCAUUAUUAGAUAUGGCUUGCUAGUUGUAGAAUGUGUCUUAAUUGGUUCAUUAUUGCUGCCAAUGUCAGUUAUUGAUGACUAACUUCAUCCAACGGGCCAAAAUUUGCGUGUUAGAGAAGAUGCACAUGAAUUCUACUUGUUACGCCUAAAUACAUAUAUGACCAUUCAUAUGCUCUUGGAUGCUUUAAUGUCCUAGGUGUACGUGGACACCGGGUCAUGCGCCCACGGGCUAGCAUGACACGGUUAGAGCAUGGCACGAGCAGCGACACGAAAUAAAUGAGCCAGCCCGGCAUGAGCAUGAAUAAUUUAUGGGGCGUGUCGGGCCUAAACUUUAUGGGCACGGGCACGACACGGUAUAUAAGUGGUUCGGGCCGGGCCUAAUAUUUUCGAGACUUUAUUGAAUAUAAGAACGAACAUGGCAAGAAAAUAGUAUUUAUUUGAUAGAAAAUAAAUAUAAAAAGAAUUAUCGGUUCAAAUAUUACAAAACCCAAGUAGAAAAACAAUUAUUUGUUGUUGUUAGAAGUGUCAUAAAGAUAUAUACGUAAUUACUAACAUAAGUAAAAAUGGACAAAGAAUUAAACAAAGCCAAAUCACACUAGCUAUACUUCCAAUUUUCUUUUCCCCCUGAUUUGUUACGUUUCUCAAACAUUAUCAGUUAAUAUUAUCUUCAUCCGUUCAAUUUUCACCUUCUUUUUCAUUCUCUCUUUUGUUUUCGUCAUUUUCAUUAAACAUGAAUACGAGCAUGACACGAGCACGAAUAGGCAGGCACGAUUCGAACUGUGCAUGCGCUUGGGUCGGACCUAGCAAAGUUAACAAAUGGGCUUGCAUGGCACGACACGAAAACUGACGGGUCGUGCCAAGCACGACACGAAAUAAAUGGGCCCGAAGCGUGCCCGUGCCGUACCGGCCCAAGCACGGCCCAGUGACCAUGUACAGUCCUAGGCCUAUCUUUUCCUUAAAUGAGUACGGUUUGUUAGCGGGUGAUAGUCUUUGGACUAUUGGAUAAAGGUUUAUGUGACAUAUGAUCCUGUUGACUUUACCUUGGAGCAAUAGAUCUUUGACUUGCACUGCUCCACUCAGUUUGGCCUUCAUAUUUCUAGGUACUUUUGUUGAGGGUGUAAAGGGAGAAGUUCUUUUGUCUCUAAGACAUGGAUUGUCUUUCAUUGCUGCCGGAGAAGGUAUGACUUGCAGUACUCUACUCAUUUUGGCCUUCACUCUCUCCUGCACUUGAUAAAUGCUAAUGCCACUUGAUAAAUGCUUUUGCUGCACUUAUAUGAUUUCAAUAUAAUAGCUAGCUGGUUUACUUUGAUCAAUGCAAAUCUUUGUUCUGUUUUUUCUGCUUUUGGUCUGUGAGCAUGCACUGCUUGUGGUGGCAGCUUUGUAUGCCAAAUGAAUGGUCUUGAUAUGCUGCUUUAGAGGGGAGGUGCUGCUUUGUGGUGUUACAAAUCAAUAUAAGAAGCUUUGCAUGUUGGUAAUCUACAAACUGUUGCUUUACUUAUAUCUUGCGAAUUAUUGGUUUUGAUUGUUGGUAUUUCUAAUUCUGGAAAUGGGCAGUGUGUGAUUUAUGAUGGACUUGAAUCAAGGAACUGGUGAGUGUUUAUGGUGGUGAAUUUGUGGUCUUUGGUUAUGGCAAACUUCAUGGGUUACUUUAAACAAAAUUGAGGUAUUCUAAAUUACCUUUCUAAGUUGAGUUGAGAGUAUUCUUAUGAUGUGUUUUGUGUUUAGUUUUAAAUAAAUGCCAGAAAUGAGUGAUUACUUGAUAUAGAUGACAAUGAUGAUGAAUGAUAGUGGUUGGUUACUAAAGGAGCAACAACUCCACGCAGAAUUGGAGGCAGCAAGAGCUGAAGUGGGGUGAAAGGCCAAGAAGUUUGAGGAGAAGAUACAAAGUCAGGAGGAGCAACUAAAAAGGUAGAAUGGUUUGUGUCGUGGUGAACAAGGUGGAAUGUUUUGUGUCAUGGUGGACAACUUAGAAUGUUUGAUUAUGAUGAACAAGGAGUUACACUGCUAUGGAAAUGGUUGUAAUAUUUUGGAUCUUUGGUAAUCUUUCCAUUAUCCGGUUGCAAUGCAGUAAACAAUUUCGAAUUAU